AUGUCGACAAAUUACACCUCGUCUCCAGUCGUGGUGUCCCCACGAGGUUGGUCUGCUGCCUCUGAUCAAUCGGACUGGAACUCGCCCAUCGAACAGUCUCGCCAUCAGGCGCUCUCGAACGAUGGCCGGCCUCUUCAUAGCCACUUGUCUUGCGAUCUUCCUGAGAUUUCUGACGUGAACAUUGCGCUCAACUACCCGCGCUAUUACCAUGACUUCGAAUCAGAACCCCCCAACUUUAUUCGAAAACCUCACCCAGCGCCCAUGCUCUCAGAUACACCACCUUAUAGCAGCAUACCAGGCGCAGAGGUCGACCCGUCAAACAUCUUCUCGUCUAUGAGGGACCACCCAUGCACCAAAGAAGGAUCCGAAUUCAUUAUUUCUGGUCAUAUUCCCUCUGCAACAGCAAACUCGCGGGCCAUGGACGCCUCAAAAAACGGCGAGCCUUACGCUAGGCUGAUCUACCGAGCCUUCAUGAGUGUCCCUACUCAUGCCAUGACUCUGCAGGAGAUCUACGAGUGGUUUCGCGUCAACACUGACAAGGCUAACAGCCCCGGUAAAGAUGGAUGGAAGAACAGUAUCCGCCAUAACCUCAGCAUGAACCACGCCUUUGUGAGGAGGGAAAAGAAUCAAGGUACGGAAUUAGGAGCGGGUGGUCCUCCUCCCAUCCCUCAGCCCGCAGGCGACGCUAGGAAAUCGACAGAAUGGGUGCUCGAAGAUUGGGCUCUCCGCGAUGGUGUACAGAGCACCACAAGGUACCGGCCCAAAGGCAGUCAUUCGUUGAAAAGAGGACGGCAUAGCCCUCUCUCUCACAAUGUCACAUACCAUGCCAAUCCCAAGCACCCCCAUCUCUCAAGGCCCGGUCGAGCCGUCUCUGGAGAGAAGGGGGGGUUCGCAACCAGCAGGGGAAGACGCAAGGCUCGGCACGGAGCGCCGCCCACGAGUGCAGGCGUGCUCUCUCAACAAAUGAGUAUGCUCGAACUGCAGAUGGGCACGGAUUCGGGCCAGGCCCCAUAUCAGUUCUCACAGCAUCAUCAGCACCAUCAGCUGCCUCUUGCGUCCGAGCAAGUCGUCAUGUAUGAGAACGCAUACUCCAAUCAACCGCCGCCGCACGGCGAGACUGGACUCGCUUCGCCCUCGGGUCCUGGGGGUGCACCGGCUGGUCUGGACUUCGGGCUCUCCGGUCCCAACACGGUUGCUUCUGUCGGCUCGCUCCAACAACCGGAUGCGUACGACUUCUCGCAGUACAGCCUCAGCGAUGUAGGGUGUGUGUAUCCCGCUGGUCGCUUUUCUGAGGGUGGAAACAUGCUUUACGUUUGGGGUCAGGACAGCUAUCAGACGCCCAGCGGCAAUGGCAGUCCUGCCACGCCAUGA